UCCGAUCUAACGACACGCGCGCUUGCCCGCACGCAGCCUCCGGUGUAGCCGCAUUUUCGAAAAAUAAAAUUACAAUCCAAAAGGAUUGUAUGAAAUAAUUAUUUCGAGUAAAAUAAUUAUUUUGAUUAAUUUUUAAUGUGUACUUUAAAAGUGUAGUGUAUUUGACUGUAGUAUUAUCGAGGUAAUCACUCGAGGGAUCUAGUGCAAUUACAUUGGUGAUUUUGGACAUUUUUAGUUGGUGAAGGAAUUAGCGAAAAUGAACGGACCAAACACAAGCAUGUCGUUCGUCGACUCUUACAGAAAAUUCAUGGAGCGCAAUAGCGAUCCACGGACGGAGAACUGGUGGCUGAUGUCUGGACCAGGACCUCUGCUCACCAUCCUCGCCUCCUAUGUUUACUUCUGCACCUCUGUCGGCCCUCGCUACAUGAGGGACAGGAAACCUUAUGACCUGAAGAACACCAUGAUACUGUACAAUAUCUCACAAAUUUUGAUGAGCAUAUAUUUGGUUUAUGAGGGCAUGGCAGCUGGAUGGUGGAACGAUUACAACUUCUCAUGCCAGCCAGUUGAUUACUCGAACAGUCCCAAGGCUAACAGGAUGGCGGCCGCAGUGUGGUGGUACUUUGCAGCCAAGAUCAUUGAGCUUCUGGACACGAUCUUCUUCGUCCUAAGAAAAAAGAACAGGCAGAUCACCUUUUUGCAUUUGUAUCAUCAUUUCAUGAUGCCAAUAUGCGCGUGGAUCGGAGUCAAAUUCUUGCCUGGUGGUCAUGGCACUCUUCUUGGAGUGAUCAACUCUUUCAUCCACAUUAUAAUGUACACUUACUACCUGAUCUCCGGUCUUGGACCCCAAUACCAGAAGUACCUGUGGUGGAAGAAGCACCUCACUACGAUGCAGCUGAUCCAGUUCUGCAUCAUCUUCUACCACAACUUCAGCGUUAUGUUCUGCGAAUGCAACUACCCUAAGUUCAUCAACUUCUUACUUUCUCUCAACGCUGGCCUCUUCCUUUACAUGUUCGGUAACUUCUACUAUGUAAACUACAUCAAAAAUAAGACAGCAGUCCAAACUCCUCAGGUAAAAAGUGAAAAAGCGAAAGAGUGCUAAUACAAAGACUUUAUAAUUAUAAUUGUGAUCGUUUUAGUUAAUUAAAUUGCAGCUAGAUUGUGUCUAGCUUCUUUAUGUGAUAGAUUUGUGUUAGAGGUUUUGAAACUGUGUGUUUACUCAUUUUUGUUGCUCAUUAAUGAUCUUAAGAUUUAAAUGAUCUUUGCUCAAUUUUGAUCCUUCUCUUUUUCAUUAUGUUUGUCAAUUUAAUGUUACUCAUACCUUUACGCUUAUACAGUUAUUAUUUAAUUCAUUAUUUUGACUUCUAUUUUGUUUCACACAGCAAUUUUCAAAAUCUAUAACACUUAAUUAAGUACUAUGUUAGUAAGCAUAAUAGACUUUUACCAUUUUUAUAGGCUAAUGACUGUAUAUUUGUAUAAAUAGUUGUAAUUUUUGGUUAAGGUAUUAUGUUAUUAUUGAAUCAAUGACAUAUAUUGAUUAAUUAUUUGCCCUAAUUUCAAAUACAAACCUGUAUUUUGUUAUACACGUCGCUGUAAUGAAAAGUUAUUUCCACAUAUAUGUAUGACUUAUUUAUUUAGCAUUUUGUUUGGAGGCUCUUUAUUCUGCCGAUCUUAUGUUUUUCUUAGUUUGUUUUUUUUUGGUUUAGUUAUUUAUUUUUCUUUUUAUAUUAUGUACGAUUAUUAAGUGUAUUUAUUUAUUUUAAUGCUAAAUAAAUUAGUGAUACUUAUAAAGUUACGUAUAUUAAUAUUUUACUUGAUACAAGUGGUUGCAGUGGACGAAAUAGAUAUUUUUAGAGCGUAUACAAAAUAAAAUCAGGGUAUUCAUUUUUUAAUUUUAAUGAAACAAUAUCCUUUGGUUACCACUAGAUAUAAAUUAAGCGAGCAAGAUAAUACAAAUAUCAACCAAAGAGUUGUGUACAGAGAAAAACAAUAAUAUUUAGCGACAACAAUAAUACUAACCGAUAUCAGAUAUUUUGUAUCGAAUUUACAUGCCUGUAAAUAAAUCUAUAUUUGAAUUAUUGAUAAUAAUUUAAUUAUUAUUUGUUCCCGACAUAAACAAUGCAAUAAGACUUGUUAGUUUAUGAGGAUUGAAAUAUAUGGGUAAAUUGAU